AUGUCCACAUGGAUGAACAAAAAGCUCGCCGGUAUCCGUUACAUCAGCGAAGGACGCUCUCUCAACCAUGAGCCUGAAUGUGGACCUCAUGCUACUGGCAGAAGAAACGAUAGAGGCAUGGACAUGGAGGAGCCCAAACGGAACCACCCGAGAGAGACCACGUACUAUUUUGUCCGCGAUGUGACAACGCUUUCUGGAUGCAAUGUCGAAUAUGUCAAUGUCGGGACAUUUAGCGACCUGGAUCCUUUCAAGGAUAGCGGAGAAGAUGACAUAUUAAUGCUGUGCUCUGGUCGAUUCGAGACUCAGAACCUAGCGCCAUCAAAUAAAACGACCACGAACGAUGAUCCACCUGAUUCGCCCAAGGAAUCGAAUCAGAUCGCAUCGGCGCGUAAAAAGAAACGUGUUCUGAUAGAGUCUGAUGACGAGGAAGAUGGUGAUUUAGGGAUUGAAGCGGAGGAAACUUCUAAAGACACGAGCGAAGCGCCGGAACCGACUCUCAUGGAAGAGGAACAUGAUGUGCCAAAACAAGCAACUCUUCAUCGAACUGUUGUGCUCUCCGAUAGCGAAGAGAGUCUUCAGUCUGAUCCAGAAAUGGACCAGAAGGAAGGAAAUGUAUGCGAUGGGAAGGGAGGAAGUGGUGAUGAGAAGGUGGGCGACGUGGAGGAGGAAGAAGGGGAUGAUGAUGAUGGAGAUGCAGAGCAAGAGGCAGGCAGCGAUGAUGGCGAUUUAGAGGAAGAAGUACAAAACGGCGAAGACGAUGUGAAAAGAGCAAAUGAUUAUAUCGACGAGGAAGCGGAUUCUGAUGACGAGCUAGCUGUUGUUAGGAGGCUUGAGAAGAGCGAAUUUGAAAGGAAGGCUAAUCGUGAGAAGUGGUUUGAUGACGAGGCUUCUCUUUCUGGCGACGAUGUCGGCAGUGAUUUGGAUGACGAUGGAGAUGUUGCGAACGAGUAUGAAGCCGAAGAAGGUCCACUUAACAUUCGUUUCCUUUUUUUAAUUUUUUAA